AUGAAUGAAAUUCCAUUUAAAGUUUCAAAAAAAAAUGAUCAUGAUGAAUCUAUUUUAAAUAUGGAAAUAAAAAAUGAAUCUAAAAAAUUAUCAGGAGCAGAAAUUGUUGGAAGAAAUAUGCAGAUUAUGAAUUUAAUCAUAAGCAACAUACAUGGUUUGAAAGAUAGAAAAAAUGUUGCUUUAACAUGUAAAGCAUUUUAUUUAAUAUGUAUUGAUAAGGAAUCUUAUGUCAAACGAUUUAAAAAAUUUGUUGAAAAAAGAGAAUUAUCAUAUUUUAUUAACGAUCCUCUAUCUAUUAUUUUUGAGAAGGAAAUUAUUAUCAAUUUAACUCAUUUUAGUAGAAGUAAUACUUUAAAAUUGGAGGCAAUAGGUAAUAUAAUGAAAAUGAAUAGACAUAUAAAAACAGAUAUGGUAAUAAGAAAUUUACCAAAUGGAUAUUUUCCAUUUUUUAAAAAUUUAAAUUGUUUUGAAAAUAUUAAAACAAUAUACUUUGAUUCAUCAAAAUUGGAAAAUUUUCCUUUAGCUAUUUUUAAAGAAUGUUCUAGUUUACAACCAAUAACUUUAAUUUUUGGAGAUACUUGCUAUAUUGAUCUUGAAACAAGAAAUUUUAUUAAACCUAAAUAUAGUAAUGAUAAUUUGAUGUUUCCAAAGAGUAUUAAGCAUAUUCAUUUAGAUUCUAAAAUUUCUGAUGUUACUUGGUUAAAAGAUGCAUUAAAAUGUUUUGAAAAUUAUGAACUUGAAUCUUUGAUUGUUAAAGAAAAUGUUAAAAAUACUAUAUCGGAUCCUACAUUAGAAUCUAUUGCUUCAACUUUACAUUUUUUUAAAAAGGUUAAAUUUAUAAUAAGAAAAAAUGGUUUUUUUUAUGAUAGAUCUUUAACUGAUUAUUUUGGACAAACAUUUGCUGUCUUUUUUACAUCAGAAGAAUUUGAGUUUAUGUUUGAAAUAAACUUUGAUAUUAAAAAAUGUAAUCUAGAUUUUUGGAUAAAUUAUAAUAGGUUACAGGAAAAGUCAAUAAAUGAUAUAAAAUAUGCAUUAUUUCAAAAUGUUUUGAUAAAUGAACGAUAUUUAUGUAUAAAUAGUUUUGGAAUCUCUCGCCGUUUUAGUAUAAUACCACAUAAAUUUAAUAAUGUGGAAAUUCAAAGUUUCAAAAAUGGCUUUCGAAAAUUGAGAAAUUUAACAACAUUAAAAAUGGAUAUUUCUUGUAUUAAUAUAGAAAAGGACUUUAAAAUUUUUUGUUGUAGUUUAACUAAUAAAUUAAAAAAUGUUAGUUUAUAUCAAUGUGAUGAGUUAAAAUUAAAAGAUUUGAUUCAAUUAGUUAAACAUUGCCCAUAUAUUGAAAAUAUACGUUUAGAAGAUGUAAGAUCAAUAGAUAUAACAAUAAAAAAAAUAAUUUCAUUAUUUGUAAUGUUAAAAGGAUUAGAGAUUGAUUUUUCUACUGAAUACAAUUUUAAAUAUAUUUUAGCUGAUUUGGUUAAGAAAGAUAAUGAAAAAAAUCAAGUUGUAUUAGAUUGGCCACAAAUUACUUAUUUAAAUAUUUUUUGUAAGAAUCCAGAUUCUAAUGAAAUUAUGAUAUUAGAUGAAAUAGAAAAAAAAACACCUAGAAAAUCAGGAAAAUUUUUAAUAACAAAAUUUUGGAAACGAUUUACAGUGGUAAUUCAAAUUAUUAUUCAAAAUAAUACAAAUUAUCUUUCUUAUUUUGAUAAAAUAUUUGACUUUGAUUAA